CACCUGUCAUCUGGAAGGUUGACUUUUUUUAGCCUGAUGUCUCUCAUCUGGUUGAUGCUGCUGUUCUCAGCUCGUGUGGCUGAAUGUGUGCCCGAGAAGCCGAAGAGAUCAGCUCUGAACCAGCUGACAAGGACCCUCCUGAGGAAAUACGACUGCGGAGUUCGUCCUGUUCACAACUGGACCAGUCCCACCAUCAUCUACAUAGACCUCAUCCUGCAGUCUGUCCUCGAUGUGGAUGGAAAGACCCAGAGCAUAACUACCAGUAUUUGGUACAGACAGAUCUGGACAGACGAGUUCUUGGUUUGGGACCCAGAGGAGUUUGAUGGCAUCAAUGAGAUCUCACUGUCAUCUGAUGCCAUCUGGAUACCCGAUGUUAUCGUCAGUGAAUUUGUGGACGAGGGGAAGUCCUUGCCGAUCCCCUAUGUGUACGUCAACUCCUCUGGCUCAGUGAAAAACUACCGGCCCAUGCAGGUGGUACUGGCCUGCAGCCUGGAGAUGUACGCCUUUCCAUUUGACAAGCAGAACUGCAGCCUUACCUUCCGCAGCUGGCUUCACUCAGUGAAGGAAAUCGACCUGGCGCUGUGGAGGAGUGCCGAGGCCAUUGCUAAUGAUAAGAGGGAGUUCAUGAACGAUGGAGAGUGGGAACUGUUGUCCAUUCCUUCCAGCUACUGGCAAAUCCACCAAGACAACACUGACUAUGCUCACAUCCAGUUCAACGUGUUGAUCCGCCGGCGCCCCCUGCUGUAUGUGGUGGGACUCCUCAUCCCCAGCAUCUUUCUCAUGCUGGUAGAUGUGAUCAGCUUCUACCUGCCUCUGAACAGCGGCACACGCAUUGCCUUUAAGAUCAGCAUCCUGCUGGGUUACACUGUCUUUAGAGUCAACCUGACAGAUGACCUGCCCGCCACUGCAGUAAGGACUCCACUCAUAGGUGUGUUCUUUGCGGUGUGCAUGGCCCUGUUGAUGCUCAGCCUGAUCAAGUCUAUUCUGGUGGUGAAGCUGCUCCACCACAGUGAGAAGGAGGUCAGGCAAAUGUCAGUGUCUGCCUGCCUGCUGGACAAGUAUGGCUCAGCUGGUCACGGCUUCACAGAGAGCGCUUUAACCUCCAUUAAGACCCUCGAUCACAUCAACCCAUCUGGAGAUUAUGAGCUUGAGCCGUCACUGGAGGAGGACCUGCUGUCCCUGAAUGAGAUCCAGGAUGCUCCAUCUGGGCUGGAGUGGCUUCUCCAGGAGCUGGUUUCUCUCCGCCUGGCUUUAUCCCAGGAGGACAGUGAGUCUUCGGCUCAGGCGGAAUGGCUGGCCCUCUGCUCCAAGCUCGACUGCUUCCUGUUUCGCUUCUACCUGCUGGUUCUGGCCUCAUAUGCCGGUACGCUGCUGAUGCUCUGGACCAGCUGGAGCUUCGCCUGACCACACAUUCAGACACUUUUUUUAAUACUCUUACUGAAAGCAUUUCUUGCUAAUGGUGUUUCCAGUAGCUACAGCGAUUCAGGAUGCAGUACUGAAGUCUGCUGGAGAAGUCUAAAUAUGUUGCAAUGUAAAAGGACCAAUACAAAUUUGUUGCUUCAGACAGAACAAUGUGUGUUUAAAUAUUAAAUUGUCUUUUUAAUUUCCCUUCUACAAAAGUUAUCUAUAAAAUAGAAGCAGGAAACACUAUAUAUUGUGUGCCAGUUCUCACAACUUGCCUCCUAUUUUUGGAGUUAUUGCCAUUGUUUUUAUCGGUUGAUUACUUUGCACUCAUCAAAGUAAAUGCUCACAAGCAUCAGAAGGUCAGACAGGUUUUUCACAAACUAAGUUUAUCCAGAUUAUUUAAUGAUGUUCAGACAGAGCGCUCAGGUUGCAUCAUAUGUUUUACUAUCAUUCCAUCAUAUUCAUAAAAGUGCU